GAUCGGGGCGGGAGGGCACUUAGGAAAGGGCAAAGGCAAGGGCAAGCAGAAUGAGCCGGCAGAGCAUGACACGACCCAACAGGCCUUGUGGGAAUCGGCAAGUUUGGAGCAGCGCGCCUGGCUUCAGCAGCUAGGUUUUCAGUGCCCGCACCAGGCAGAGCCCUCAGAUCUAAAGACACUGAUCAAAGCGCACAUGGACCAGCUUCCGGAGCCGCUUAAGCAAGCAAUUGCUAACCUUGAGCCGCCUGAGCCAGAGCCUUCGGCCACACAGCAAGUUUUGUCGGCCACAAAGAGAUUCAAGGCAAGCACAAAUGAGCUACGCCAGCUCAUUCAGAGGUCUGCAGGCCUACAGGUCAGAAUCGACCGCGCCAAAGCCACGUAUGCAGAGCUGUUGGAUCAGAAGAAGACCAUGCAGACUGAGCUAGCAGAUAAACAACUUGAGGUCACCACGCUCCAAAGGGAGCUUGAGUCCAAGGUCCAAUCAGGCGCUGAAUUGCAGCCCAUGCCGGGAAAGGAUGCUGUCCUUCUGGCAUUAACGCAGUGUGGUAUCACGCUCAGUGAAGAGCAGCAGGCUCUUCUUGAAGGCAGCAUGGAGGUAGAUCCUGACCCUCUUGUUGCGCCAAAACCGACGCACCGGGAGGAGGAGGGGACGGCGUCAGCUCCCCAGCCGCACG